AAAUGAACAACAAUUUCAUCUCACAACUAAAGCAAAAAAGCCUCAGCAAUGAAAGUUAUACUAAACGAUUUUUGAAUUGGCUUCCUUUUAGAAGCAAAUCAUUAAAGCCGACCAGUAAGCAACUUGAAGCAUCGUCAAAUUUCGAUUCUUCUCAAUCAGACCAACUGCAGGAAGUGAAAAUUGUUCAGGACAACAUUCAGGAUAUAAUAAAAAGUAUACAGAUGCUUGAGAGUAAAACAGAAGAGGUCGUUCAGAAGUUAUCACAGUAUGCAUGUACUGUAUCAGAGAAAAGGGAAGCUGAGUCUUCAGCCAUACAAGUUCAAGUAUACGAACGAGACAUGUACACAGCUGACUUUGUAUAUGCAUUUAAAGAAAGGCUAAACAAAAGAUUUAUACCUGAUGUGAUAAAGAAAGUGUCAAAUAUUGACAUCAAUAAACCGCUUAUAAUACUGUGUCAGAAAAUAUCUAGAUUGCUACCAGAUAUAGAUUAUGCACUGGAACAAUUUGGAGAACUUGAUUCCUUCGCUCGCCUUGCAGUUGUAAUCAUACAUAAUAAAGAGGAGCACGCGUUACCGACAACAUCAUCGCAGGCUAUACUCAGCGAUAACGUAAAGUUCAGGAUGGUGUGGAUUAUAGACACUGCAUACACAAAUGAUUUGAAAUUCUAUGAUUGCAAGAUGAAUAAUGAGGCUAUAGCGACGAUGACGAAGUUUCUUAAUAGUGAUAUACAUAUUUAAUUGUCAUUUGUUUAUUAUGGUGGAGCUUUAAUGUAAGGGGCGUUAACAGUUAGAGAUGGUAAGAAAUGGAUUGAUAGAUUUACCAAGUCCUGAAUUAAGUUUACAUUAAAUAUUAGUAUAAAUAUAAGACAAAAGAAUUAUGCAUUUGAAUGAUAAACCGCCGUCUUUAUGCAUAUGUUGGACAACGGUCGUCUUAUUAAGCAGUAACUCGUCCUCAAUAUAUAUCUUAAAAUAAGAACUAUUUGCCUUUUCCAUAUUAGAAAUGACCUUUAAAUAUACAAAUGCAAAUUUUACUAUAUCUGUACAAAGCUGAUAUGAUGUAUUCAAGUAUACUUGAAAUUAUAACUAGAAUAUAGUAUUUUAUAUUAUUUUUUGUUUCGUUGUCAUUAAUGUAU